AUGUCUCGGAUAUCGCCUCUUUUUCGCCAACGGCUAAUUCUCGCAGCCAAAGUCACUGCCGGAGUCUCAAUCACGGGAGCUGCAAGUUUUCAUCUCGUCACAAGAAAAUGCUACUUUGAGCCCUUUGGACCGGAGAAUGGUAGAUCAUUGUAUGAACAUCCGCUGCUGAAGCAGAUCAAUCCUUGGAAUAAACCGGGCUCUGCCGACUCGUGCGUGAGAGAAGUGCCGUUUGAUAAGCUGGAUAAGGUGCUUUUGGAGGAUGCGAAGAACGGAGGAACAAAACUGGUUGAGAGAUUCAUUGCAGGAAUGUGGGGAGGUUUCGGAUAUGGGAUCCAGAGAAGGAUCAUGACAUUCUUCAAGAACGAGGCGAACAAGAACGAUCUAUGGAAGAAGAAGGAUCUUCUAGCAUCUACCUAUGAACCAGGCACAUAUUUCACCAACCAUUUCAUUGUUCUAUCAAAAACAACAACAUGCAUCACAAUGAGAGGCUGCUUCGACCCUCAUCAAUCCUCUCCAUCACCGAUGGAGGUCGAUAAUCUCGUUGAGGUCCGCGCAGAGCUUGACGAAGUAAGGCAGGUGGCGGUUCUCAAACUUCAGGUCAUCACGUUUGAUGGAAGGAAAGAAGCGAGUGAAAAGGAGGACCCCUUUGGUGGAGUGGGAGGAUGGCUUCACAGACGCUAUUCGACGUUACUUGUGGAAUCAGGAGCCAGGAACUGCUUAAAAUGA